UGCACUGCAGGCAGAUUAGCAAUCUAUGUAGAUCAUCAAACAUUAGAUGUAUGGAAUUUUCCUGUAUGUAAAUCUCCCAGAGCAGCGCUCCUAUUAUCAGAGUAGAGGACGCUCUCCCCACGUGACAGUCACAAUGCCCUGUGUGUGUUACCUGCGGCUGCUUCCUGGGUUUCAGCUACACCCAGAUCCUCCCCCGCCCCCUUCUCUGGAGCCCAGGUAACUUUCUGCUGAGCGCUGUUCACACUGAAUGGGCUGGGAAACUUCACACGACAAAUCAUCGCACUAAUGCAUUUUACCAUCACUAUUCUCCGGUGAACGUUUCAUGACUGCAACCAUCAAGACGACGUGCAGCCAUGGCCUUUGGGAAAAAUGUUAAAGACCCCUUCUCUACACACUUGGGGCAUCUCAUCGAAAUUCACACAAUUUCCUCAAACAAGUCAGAAGACUGGGGCCAGUUUAUGAAUAUCUGCGAUGCCAUCAACACCACAGCCGAUGGGCCCCGGGAAGCAGUCAAAGCUUUAAAAAAAAGAAUAAGCAAAAACUACAAUCAGAAAGAAGUCAGGUAUUCACUUUCUCUAUUGGAAAUGUGCAUGCAGAACUGCAACACAACAUUUCAGUCCUUGAUCCUAAAGAAGGAAUUCUGUAAGGACGUUCUGGCCAAACUGCUCAACCCCAAGUACAAUCUACCCAUGGAUCUGCAAAACAGGAUCCUCCGCUUCAUCAUGACGUGGUCUACACAGUCAACGGGCAAUGCCGACGUUACGGAGGUCAAAGAACUGUAUUUGGAGAUGAUUAAGAAAGGAAUCCAGUUCCCUCCUUUGGAUGCCAGUAAAGAAACAACCACUGAGCUGCGAAGGGCUGAUAAGAUGACUGAUAAAACUACUACUCCAUUACACACAGAAGUGUCCGGGCAGCAGCUUUCAGCCGAACAGAUCGGUAAACUGUACAGUGAGCUGGAUAUGGUGAAAAUGAAUGUGAGGGUCAUGUCCGAGAUCCUGCUGGAGAACGUCCCAGGAGCAGAGCUAGAAGACGAUAUGGACCUCUUACAGGAGCUGGAGAAGGUGUGCCGGGAGAUGCAGGCCCGGAUCCUGAAGCUUCUGGAGACCGUACAGAAUGAGGACGUUAUCAUUGAACUGGUGCAGGUCAAUGACGAUCUGAAUAAUAUCUUCCUGAGACAUUCCAGGUUCAUGCGCAAUAGAAGUAACAAAGAGGACAAAAAUGUGACAGCAUUGAAUCAACCUUCAGCACCUGCGAGUGAACUCAUUGAACUUGACCCAGCGCCUAUAAUUCAAAACCAGACGAAUGGGUAUCCUGCCCCCGCUGCUAUUCCUGUUUCGGUGCCAAAUGUCGUUCCACAGCAACCUUACAAUUUGGAUUCUGGAAGCACAGAACUGCCACCGCCGGCGUAUGACAACCACAGCAACUUUAUGUAUCCACAGGCCGAUCUGCUGGAACUUAGGGAGGCGGUAAAUAUUCGAUUUCCAUACGGAGGAACAAACCAUCUGCCCAGUCUCCCCCCCAGAGCCCUGUAUGAUAAUGCUCCUUAUCCUACAUCUUUCCCUCCAGCCGUACAGCCUGCGGCCCCUUUCUUCCCCAGGGUUCCAGCUUUAACACCUUUUUUCCCAUUGGCUCCGCACCAAACGCCAUUCCUGCCCACACUUCCCAUUUCCACGCCGCCUUUAGCUGCUGAGACGAAUCCCACAUCUCUGCUUCCUGCGUUCUCCACUCUGAGCCCUACGGUUGUGCCAUUACCAAAAGAAUCCACCAACAAACCAUCUGAAACCUCAGACGCCGGUCGCAGUGCGCCAUUGCCAAAUUACUAUGAGCUCCUGGAGUUUGAUCCGCUGGCUGAAGGGAACAAGACUGAGGCUGUUUAUGAAGAAAUUGAUUCUACAUUUUGGAGACCACAGAAGAGUUCUUGCUAACGCCCUGUGUGGGGAAAUUUGUGAUAAAAAUGAUUGAAGAUUUCUGUCCUUUAGGAAUGGACGCGGAGUUCCACGAAUUACAUUCUGCAGAUCUAUUCCCUUCAUGCCACCAAUGGAAAUUUGAUUAGUGUCAAAUGAAACUUUGACUGUUCCUCAUCUGUUUAACUUUAGACUUAGCGAAGCGUUCCCGCAAUUAACCUCACCAGGAGAGAUUUCCAUUAUUUUAAUGCGGCGGCGACGGAGAGUCUCAUCCGUCCUAAAUAGGGGGGGGGGGGGGGGGGGAAUCCUUUGCUUGUUGAUCAGCACGGACAGUAAUACAUGGAAAUACCUGUCUGCGCCCCUUUUAUUUUCUUUGGCAAUUAGGAAAAUGUACAACAAGACGGCAACAAUUUCUUAGCCUUUUGGUGGAUUUCAUACAGAGAGAAUGAUUUCGGCGCACAGACUCACCUGAAUGCUGCGGGGAACACUAGGAAUGCUUUAGUGCCAUCUAGUGGUCAAUGCGCUUACUGCAUGGAGUAAUUAUUGUAAUAAAUAGUCUCUUUCU